UCUCAUUUACCAGCCAUGUCGUAUUCAAACGCGGAAGCUUGUGAUAUGAUGCUUAUUUUAGGUGAAUGUGAUGGUCAAUUUAGAGCAGCUGCAAGAUUGUGGCGAGAACGAUAUCCAGAUCGCGCUCCUCAUUCGUACAAAGUUUUUUCUCGCUUAGCUAACCGAAUUACCAAUAAAGGUAUUCUUCAACCGGAUUACAAUAAAGGUAGACAAAUUCGACGCCAAGUUAGAGAUGAAAGGAUGCCGGAGAUUCUUGCAUCCGCUCAAUUGCAUCCCUGCCAUUCAUUAAGACGUACAGAAAGAGAUUCUGGAAUUAGUCGCAGCACGAUCUGGCGAAUUUUCCAUGAAAACAAGCUGCAUCCGUACAGAAUGUCUCUUCACCAAGCAUUGACUAUGGACGAUUUUAGUUACAGAUUCGAAUUUUGCAAUUGGAUUCGUCAACAAUCGCGCAACUUUAAUCAGAAAAUUUUAUUUUCUGAUGAAUGCACAUUUUCAAGUGACGGCUCUAUAAAUACAUGGAACUGUCAAUAUUGGGCACAAGAAAAUCCUCAUUGGUUCCGAGAAAUUGACCAUCAACACGUUUGGAAAGUCAAUAUUUGGUGCGGAAUUAUUGGAAAACAUAUCGUUGGACCGCAUAUUUUUGAAGAGAACCUAAACGGUAUUCGGUACGCCAAUUUCAUUGAAAAUAAUCUUCCGCCCUUGCUUGAAAAUAUUGCUCUACAAUUGCGCCUAAACAUGUUUUUCCAGCAAGAUGGAUGUCCAGCGCGUACAUCUAGAGUUGCCCGUGAACAGUUGAACGAAAUGUUUCCAGAUAAAUGGAUAGGCAAAUAUGGCCCACAUCAUUGGCCACCACGAUCACCGGACCUCUCUGUUCUCGAUUACUAUUUGUGGGGAGGACUAAAAGAUCUGGUAUACCGCGAACGCCCUUCGAAAAGAGAUGAUAUGAUUCGUAGAAUACGUCUCGCUAUUC